AUGGCUCGCUCACCAUCACCAGUCUGUUUCUCCUACACAUUGCUGGUUUUCUGGUUAGUAGUAACUGUGGCAGAAGGUCAAAGAAACACAUAUAACCCCCUAGGAGUAUCGGAGCCUAAUGCUAAUCCUACAGACUGUCAAAUCUUUACACUUACUCCUCCCCCUGCUACACGGCCUCCAGUAACAACCUCCAGGCCUGUCACUUUAGGAACCAGAUGGUGCCAUUUUCCUCAUCUCAGAAAACCCGGAAUCCCCUUUGGUUUUCCCAACCAUCCUUUCAGACAUCCAAACUACGGCCACCAUCCUCAUUUACCGCCUCACAUCCAUUGUCGUCAUCCAUUCUUACUGCCUCGGAGAGGUUACUACCCUCACAAGUACUUCCCCGGAAGAAAGUCCUCAAGCUCAUCAGAGGAAUCCUGAAGGAAAAGAGAAAUCCCUCCCCUUCUGAAGCGGAUAUGAAAGGAGCCAGAUCUCCAGUGGAGGAAGAAAGCCUGUUUUUCUCUUUAAAAGAUAU